AUCUUAUUUGUGUAGGCAAAGAAAGAGAUUGAAGAAGAAAAUCUUACCAGGAAAUCAAGUCUCGAUUGCGCUGAUAUCUAUCACAAAGGAAUAAAACAAAGUGGAAUUUACAAAAUUGAUCAAGACGGAAAGGAAAGUUUCAAAGCGUUUUGUGAUAUGACAACAUCAGGUGGAGGAUGGACUGUAUUUCAACGUCGUCUUGAUGGAAGUGUUGACUUCUACCGAGGAUGGCAAGAUUACAAACAAGGUUUUGGUAACUUGAGCGGAGAAUAUUGGCUUGGUCUUGACCAAAUACACAGGAUGACAAAUAUUUCACAAAAUGAACUUCGUAUCGACAUGGAAGAUACAUCUGGGAACACCAAAUACGCUCAUUAUGAUUCAUUUAAAGUCAGCGGCGAAAAUGAGAAGUACAAGUUGAAUGUUGGAGGUUAUCAUGGUACAGCAGGAGACUCGUUAUCAUAUCAUAACGGUAUGACUUUCAGCACCAAAGAUGCUGACAAUGAUAUUGCCAAUAUUAAUUGUGCAGCGAAAUUCAAAGGAGCCUGGUGGUAUCGUGAUUGUCUUCGUUCCAAUUUGAAUGGUUUGUAUCAUUAUGGCGCACACACAUCGAACGCUGAUGGAGUCAACUGGCGCAAUUGGAAAGGUUUUCAUUAUUCUCUGAAAUCAACAUCGAUGAUGAUACGACGACGUGAAUUUGGAAAGAAGAAAUAA